AUGGUCGGCAUAGAUUACAAAAAGGCUCGAAAAUUUGAAGGGGGCUCAGAUUUGGAUGUGUUUGAUCGAGUAGGCGUUUUACAGUUGCCUACAUAUGUGGAGGUACUUAACAGAGCGUUGAUGGCAAAGGCCACCCUAGUAGCAAUGAAGCAGGCUAAAGCACCAAUAAUAAAAUGGCAAAGUAAAAGAGCUGGAUCCAAUUUUCGGAAGGGCCGUUUAUCUUUCUCACACAAAAACCAAAAUAUAGGAUCUUCAAGUAGUUCAAGCCAAAGCAAUGGCUCUAUGCUAGUUUGUUCUGAAUAUGGAAAGAAGCGUAAAGACACAUGUUACCUUGCAUCUGGUGCUUGUUUUCGGUGUGGCAAGACUGGCCACAUGAUUAGAGAUUGUCCGAUGAGAUCCUAUGAUGCUAACUGUCCUGUGGCAAGUUCAGUCGGAUACACUCCUGCACCAAGAACAAAUGUGAAAACCAAUAUCAGGAGAAAAACUCUGAGGCAAGGCCGAGUGUUUGCAUUAGUACCUAGUGAUGUACAGAACACCGAGUUAGUGGUGUCAGGUCUAAUUUCUAUUUGUGCUCAACGUGCCUAUGUGUUGAUAGAUUCUAGUUCUACGCACUCUUUUGUGUCGCAUGCCUUUUCUUGA